AUGGAGAAGCCCAGUUGGGCUCCCCGGCUCGCUUCCCGGGUUGAGCAGGACGGAUUAGGCAAGGGAGGGGAGGGAGGGGCGGCCGAGAGGUGUGCGGCUAUGAUGCAAGGCCGGAGCAUAUGGCCCAAAUGCUUGGACGCCCUCAACUAUCAGGAGGUGGAGGAGGACAAGGAGGAGGACGAGGACGAGAAGCACGUCCCACCCGCAGUGCACCCAUAA